UACGGAUCCAUUGGAAUUCACUGUCCGCUAUUCAGCUCGGACUGAAGGAGGGAGGAAAGCGGCAAAGACGAGCAGAUGUUAACUGGACUACAAAAGAGAACAAGCUGUAGUUAAGGCGGAAAACCUUCGAUUCGUCUAAUAUGUGGCAGCCUGCGUCGGAGCGAUUGCAGCACUUCCAGACCAUGCUGAAGACCAAGCUGAAUGUGCUGACGCUGAGGAAGGAGCCGUUGCCCACGGUGAUCUUCCAUGAACCCGAGGCCAUCGAGCUGUGCUCCACCAAUCCGCACGCGAGGAGCAGGACUCACGCCGGAUACAAGGUGAACUACCUGGGCAAGGUGACCAUCACCGGGACCCAGUUCCUGUCGGGCUGCACGGAGUCGGCGGUGAUGGGGCUGGUGGAGCGCCGAGGGCGGGCCCCGACGCAAGGCACCAACGCCCUGUUGGAAAUCCGGCCCUUCCAGGUGCGCCUCCACCACCUGGACGACCACAACGAGUCCUCGGUAACCAUGGACACGUACCAGGUGGCGCGGAUAGCCUACUGCACGGCGGACCACGGCGUGCGGCCAAACGUGUUCGCCUGGAUCUACCGGGAGAUCAGCGACGACCUGUCGUUCCAGAUGCACUGCCACGCCGUGGAGUGCCAGAGCAAGCUGGAGGCCAAGAAGCUGGCCCACUCCAUGAUGGAGGCCUUCCGCAAGACAUUCCACAGCAUGCGCAGCGACGGACGGAUCCACAAGAGCGGCUCCUCGGACGACUUUGCGGAGGAUUCCUCCAUCGCAGAGGACAUCACCCCUGACGAUGGUUGAAGAAGAAGAAGAAGAAGAAGAAGAGCGACCCCCCCCCCCCCCCCCCAUCACCCCCUCCCACACACACACACACACACACACACACACACACACACACACACACACACACACACACACACACACACACACACACACACACACACACACACACACACACACACACA